GGUGUCACAGCUGAUGUGAAAUGUCUUGAUGUUUAUUCCUGAUGAUAAUUCACUGAACAGGUAAUAUUUGUCAUGGAGCCAGACCAUCAGGUAUUAGGUGUGUACGCUGAUGCUGUGAGGACUCUUAUCAAAAAUCAUAGCCAUACAAAAAUUACUUUGAUGUUGCUCCGGGAUAGGUUCCAACUGUUUGCGGAUCGGCUGAAAGCCCAACUGAAAGGAAUUGAGGUUAUACAAGUUGGCAGUUCUUACGAUGAUCUACACCUGACCCGACUCUUUAAAAAAGACGAUGGUUCUGAUUUAUUUUUUCCGGAAGUGGAUUUUGACUUCGAUAUGAUAUACAUUGACUAUGUUGUAGCAGAAAACAACAUCACUUCGACUUCUGAAAGCGAUAUUAAUGGAAAAUCCGGUGGUCAUUCUUCUGCGGACGACGUCAAGGGAGACUUGCAAACCGGAAGUUCUACAUGCUCUUCUAAGACAGGACCGGAAGCACAUUUCGCUAUUAUGGAGUCGUCCUCGUGUCCCGGGUAUGUCAAACUUCGUGUUACUCCCUAUGGCAGACAAAUGCUCAACAGACCCGGAUGUAUUAUUGGUAAUUUCAUCUCAUCACAUGGUUACCUUCUAAACAAUGCGUUUACAUCCGGUCUUGUUUCUGAGACGGGUCAUACGGAGAUAGUAUAUUCUCGUAGGGGCCAGUACGUCGAUGAAAUUUUACGACAGAGUGGAUUUGACGGCCAAGAAGAAAUUCCCGUGUACACUAAAACGGGCCCCGCCAUCACAGGAAUACAAAAGGCGUCCCAUGGAUACACGUAUGACUUCGUUCAUGCCUUUCCGUGUCCUACUUGGCCGAAUGUGGCAAAAGGAUGGGCGGACAGGGCACGAGGCUGUCAUUGGCCAAAUGAAAGUCUGAUACAGAACAUUGUACGAGAAGGCUGUUUAUUGGUUCCCAUGGGAAGCCACCAGGUUAAAGAUCCGACAGAGGAAUGGAGAAUAUCUUUUGUUCGGGCGGAACGUAUGCUAUCCAGCUCUUUAUCCUAUCUUCAGAAAACAUGCUACUCUGUCGUCAAGGUGAUGCUGAAAUCUGUCCUGUCAGACCAAGCCAUCCUGACGUCCUACCAUAUGAAAAACAUAUUCUAUUACUUGUGUGAGGAGAUCGCGUCCGCUUCCGGGACAUGGACGUCAGAGUCCCUGGGGGAUAAAAUCAUACAAUUUUUGAAAUACAUCGCUGUGUCUCUACGUGUACACAGAAUACCCCAGUAUUUCCUUCCGCCUCUUAACCUCAUCGGUCAUUAUUCUAAGGAAAAGGUAGACGCAACGAAAAAAGAGGUCGAGGCUAUUACGAGAGCACCGCUGUCGGCAUUGAUGAAAGCGUGCCACAAACUCGGAUGUUUUGACAUAAAAACGAUAUCUCAAAAGUUCCAAGCCUGGAAAGGAGAGCUGAAGGCUAUGUUUGUUAUCUACAUGGCCAGUGUACAAAACUUUUGGAGUCAAGGCUGCAUCAAUAUCGGGGCAGACAUUGCUAAGACGUGUUUCCGGCAAGUCGUUAAAUUGAAUAAGAUCACUUCCAGCUAUAUCAAAUUCAAUUCCAAUACUUUCACAGCACACUCUGUUCCAGCCCUUCUGAAACCUCUUGCCCAUGCUUACACCCAACAAGGUGAUGUUGACAAGGCUCUUUGGCUGUUUCUUGCAAUAGAAGAAGACGACCCCGAGUUGGUCGCAUCGUCUUAUACGAAUGUUUUCAGCAAUAUUGCGUGUUUGUAUGGCAAUAAAUCUUCACAACAAACGUCGGAGCGAAAGAAGAAAGAAUAUGAGGCAAAAACUUUUCUUUAUUUUGAAAAGGCCUUAAAUUUGAUAUCCGACUCACCAAGCCUUCAUUUAAUGUAUGGGAACUUUCUCAUGGGCUGCAAAAAGCCAACGUUGACAGCAGCUAAACAAUUCGAGAAAGCCAUAGCUAUACAGACCCCGUGCGAUGACGACGACGCACUCAUACAGCUGACUAUCCCGGGGUCCAAGGAUCAACCGUCUCGCCCGAGUUACGUUCCGGGGCAGGUGGCAGCUUACUACCUCCUGGUACAAUGCUGGAUCAACUUGAUGGACAUAUUCCAGGCUCGAAAAGUUGCAAGACGGUUUGAAGAAUUCGUCAGAGAAAAAUGCAUUCUUAAGCAUAAGGUUUUAGCUUGUCAACUCUGUGCUAUUUGCUACCAGUUGUCUGAACUUGGCGUCAAAUCCGCUUGCAUGUCAGCAGAAAUGAUCAGAUACGAAAAAGUGGCUAAAAAAUCCAAAUUUAGUCAGAGUUAAGCGAUGAGAGAUAUAUCGAACGGCAAAAUGCGUCAGAGCUAAUUCUAAGAAUAAAGCGUAAUUUGUGACGCGAUCGUCGCGCUGCAGGGGGCGUUGUCGAAGUAGAUCCCUUUAUGGUGAAACUAAACUGAAGCUUUAAUGUACACAUGAUUACCUAUAUAGAACUUUUGACCACGUUGUCACUCUGAAUUUAUUGGUAUUUGAGCAGUGAGUUGAAUGUGUACGAAAUCCCCUCGGUAACAUUCGACCUAAAGACAACUGGAAGUGUUCGUCAUUCAGAGACACUUGGCCCCAUACGUUAUAAUACCAAUUUUCCAGCAGA